AUGGGUUAUCAUGCUUAUGUUCUUCUGAGUCUUUCCUGUCUGACCUGCUACGUUAUUGUUCAGAAAAUCAUCGCCUACGUUUCCGCGCGCGCCUUCUCAAAAGCACACGGCUGUGAGCCAGUUCAUCGAAUUCCUCAAUCAGAGCGCAUAAUUGGCUAUGGCUACUUUAAAGAACGAAUGGAGGCUGCCAGGAAUAAAACGCUACUUGAAACCACGCUGAAGCGAUACGAGGAGCACGGCAUGACAUGGUCUUCUACGGCAAUGGGUCGUGUUUUCGUCAACACCAUCGAUCCGGAGAACAUCAAGGCGGUUCUUGCAACAAAUUUUAAUGAUUUUGGACUAGGGCAUCGACUGCACACGUUUGGACCACUAUUAGGAAAAGGCAUCUUUACGACUGAUGGCGCACAUUGGGAGCAUUCCCGUGCACUGGUCCGGCCGAAUUUCUCCAAAGCCCAAAUCCAAGACUUGAACACCUUCGAAGUCCACAUUAAAGAACUCAUCAGCCUGAUACCCCGCGACGGGUCCACAGUCGACCUUCAGCCCCUUUUCUUCCGGCUCACCCUAGACAGCGCGACCGAAUUUCUCUUUGGCGAGUCUGUAAACUCAAUGCUUGCACCCCAAGGAUCCGAGCAGCAAACUUUCGCCAGCGCAUUCGACUACGCACAAGGCCAAAUCCUCUAUCGACGAAGCCCCCUACGGUUCUUGGCGUUUUCUGCGAACAGAAAAUUCGACAAGGCAUGCAAGACCGUGCACGAUUUCGCAGAUAAAUUCGUAUAUAAUGCCUUAGCUCAUCGCGAGAGCAAGGAUGCACAAGAGAAGCCGCCAGGCCGCUACGUCUUCCUGAACGAGCUCGCGAAAGUAACCAACGACCCACGACAACUACGAGACGAGCUCCUGAACAUCCUCCUCGCGGGUCGAGACACCACCGCCAGCCUCCUGAGCAACACAUUCCACGUCCUCGCCCGCCGGCCCGACAUCUGGUCCAAACUCAAAGCCGAAGUCGACGAGCUCAACGGCGAGAAACCAGACUACGAGACCCUCCGAAACAUGAAAUACGUCAGAAACCUCCUCAACGAAUGCAAGUCCCCUCCCCUCCCCCAUGACCACAACCCCCUUCUGACCCGCCCCACCCAGCCCUCCGCCUCUACCCCGUCGUCCCCACCAACUCCCGCUUCGCCAACAAACCGACCCUCCUCCCCCGCGGCGGCGGCCCCGCCGGCACCGCCCCCAUCCACAUCGCCGCCGGCCAAAGCGUCACCUACUCCGUCCACGCCAUGCACCGCCUCUCCCCCGCCUACGGCCCCACCGCCCACCUCUUCCGGCCCGACCGCUGGGACACGCUGCGCGUCGGCUGGAACUACCUGCCCUUCAACGGCGGCCCGCGCAUCUGCGUCGGGCAGCAGGGGUGAGGGUGGGGUUGGUGGGGAGGUGGAUGGAUGGAUAGAUCGUGUGGGGGAUCUUUCCUGCGUCGCCGCUGAGACCGUCCGUGCCAUGGCGGAGCACCGAUUCGGGCGCCCCCAAGGGCCAGAGGAGGGACGCAGUAUAGUAUACGGAGGCUGA